GAGGGGUGCAGGUGGCUGUGACUGUCCCCCUCGGCAGGCAGUGGGAACAGGGACAGCGCCAGCAGCCGCGGCCCGGGGGCACAGCAGGAGAGCCCCGCCUGGCAGGAGAGCCUCGGAGGUUUGCCUGGAUCCAGGGAGAGGGUCCCAGUUUAUCAGGACAGCUCUUUGCCAAACUGCUGAUCCAAAAUCAGUCUUUUGAGUGGGAUUAUCCCAAAUCCUGCUGGAUCCAGACUCGCCGGGACUGAUGGACGUUUCCGACAGCCCGGAGCCAAACCCCUGCUCUCCUGAGGAAGAGGACCAGCAGCUUUCUGAUGAGGAGGUCCUGAAGGAGAGCGGCUCAGAGCGGGAACUCGAUGGGGAGGGUGGCCAGGGGAGCCUCCUGGGCGAGGAGGAGGAGGCAGGCAGGGCCCUGAGCCGGGGGGAGGAGGAGGAGAACCACUCCGACGAGGAGGAUCGGCUGAGCGAGACCAAGUCGCAGGAAUCCGACACCAACGAGCAGGGCGUGGAGCUGAAGAGCCCCCAGCCCCACAAGGGGGAGGAGGAAGACAGGACAAACGACCUGGAAGUGUCCUCUGUCACCAGGGAGCUGGAUGAGCACGAGCUGGACUAUGAUGAGGAGGUUCCUGAGGAACCCAGUGCUGCUGCUGCGGAGGAGGACGGGGAGAAAGCUGCUGGGGAGGAUGAUGAGGAAGAGGAGAAAGGAGAUGACGCCCCUGAAGAUGAGAAGAAAUCCAGCAGCAAAAGUGAUGAUGAGAAGGAUGGGCAGGAUCCCCUCAAGGAGAAGAAGAAAGAAGAGGAUGAUGGGGAAAUUGAUGAUGGAGAAAUCGAUGAUGAUGACUUGGAAGAAGGGGAAGUGAAAGACCCCAACGACAGGAAGGUGAGGCCACGGCCCACCUGCCGCUUCUUCAUGAAAGGGCACUGCACCUGGGGCAUGAACUGUCGCUUCAUCCACCCCGGAGUGAACGACAAGGGGAAUUACUCCUUGAUCUCCAAACCUGAGCCCUUCUCCCCCAACGGUGCCCCUCCCAUGGGCCCUCACCCGCUGAUGCCAGCCAACCCCUGGGGAGGCCCAGUGGUUGAUGAAAUCUUACCUCCACCUCCUCCUGACCCUCCAACAGAAAGUGCCUGGGAGAGGGGACUCCGGCAUGCUAAAGAGGUAUUAAAAAAAGCAACGAUGAGGAAAGAGCAGGAGCCUGACUUUGAGGAGAAGAGGUUCACAGUGACCAUCGGGGAGGACGAGCGGGAGUUCGACAAGGAGAACGAGUUCUUCCGGGACUGGAAUUACCGCAUCACCCGCGACGUGCGGGACCCCGCGGAGGUGGACAUCAAAGAAAACAUUAACUAUGGGCUUGAUCCCUAUGCAGAUCCCUAUUAUGACUAUGAAAUAGAGCGCUUCUGGCGUGGUGGGCAGUAUGAGAAUUUCAGGGUUCAGUACACAGACCCCGACCCCUACCGUAACUACAGAGAAAGAGAGCGAGAACGGGAGCGGGAGAGAGAGAGCAGACAGCGGGAGCGGGAACGGGAGCGGGAGCGCGAGCGGGAGCGCGAGCGGCGGCAGCGGGAGCGCGAGCGGGAGCGGGAACGGGAGCGCGACAAGGAGCGGCAGCGGCGGAAGGAAGAGUGGGAACGGGAGCGGGAACGAGUGAAGAGGGACGAGAAGGACAGGCAGCACAGGGACCGCGACAGGGACCGCGACAGGGAGCGGGAGCGCGACAAGGACAAGGACAAGGCAAAGCCGCGGUCCCCGCUGCUGCCCAGCCGGCAGCCCGAGGCCCCGAAGAAGGACAAGGAGGCCGCGUUGCUGGGCAGCGCCCCGUCCAAGCGGGCAGACGAGUGGAAGGACCCGUGGCGCCGGUCCAAGUCCCCCAAGAAGAAGCUGGGCGUGUCCGUGUCCCCCAGCCGCGCGCGCCGGCGCCGCAAAGCCUCCGCCUCGUCCGCCUCCGCCUCGGGCUCCUCCAGGUCCUCUUCUCGUUCAUCCACCUACUCUGGGUCCGGCUCCUCGCGCUCCAGGUCCUCCUCCUACAGCUCCUACUCCAGUCGCUCCUCCAGGCACAGCUCUUUCUCAGGCAGCAGGUCCAGGUCAAGGUCCUUCUCAUCUUCUCCCUCUCCUUCUCCAACACCAUCUCCUCACAAGCCACUGGCCAAGGCUAAAGGGGAAUUAUUGCCACCUCCUGGGAAAGGGGAGAAAUCUGUGAAGAAACUCACUGCCCUCCCAGUCCCUCAGCCCCUCACGAAAAUUACAGCAGCAGCCCCGGAGGCAGCCAAGGCAGGGGAUAAUCGGGAAGCAAGGAGGAAGGAACGGCAGACAAGGACUCCACCCAGGAGGAGGACCAUCAGUGGCAGCAUCAGUGGCAGUGCCAGCAGCUACAGCGGCUCCAGCUCCCGAUCGAGGUCCUUGUCCCGGUCUCUCUCCAGAUCUCAUUCCAGAUCAUCCUCUGCCUCAGUCUCCCACUCUCCCUCCGGCUCAAGGAAAUCCAGGUCCCUGAGCGUGAGCAGCGUCUCCUCCGUGUCCAGUGCCUCGUCCAGCAGCAGCUCCGUGCGCAGCGCCGACUCCGAGGACAUGUACGCGGACCUGGCCAGCCCCGUGUCCUCGGCCAGCUCCCGCUCCCCCACCCCGGCCCAGCAGAAGAAAGGAAAGUCAAAAAAAGAAGACAGUGCUAAAGAGGAGAAGAGGAAACGGGAUGUGCCUGCUCAGCUCCUGAAAUCAGCCAAGCCCACCCCAGGAAGCAAAUCCCAGCAGCUGCCCCAGGGCCAGCAGCCCUCGGCCCCCCAGGCACAGCAGGGCAGCUUCAGCGGGCACAAGGAGAUCAAACUGACGCUCCUGAACAAGGCAGCUGACAAAGGAAGCAGGAAGAGAUAUGAGCCAGCAGACAAAGAGAGGCCAAGCUCUCCUCCAGCCAAACGGGCCAACCUGUCACCUGACAGAGGCUCUCGCGAUAGGAAGGCGACCGGGAGACUCUCGUCCCCCAAGCAGGAGCGGCAGCGGGGCCAGAACCCAAAAGCUUCCCCUGCACAGGCAGACAGGAAACGCCAGCUGUCCCCUCAGUCCAAGAGCUCCAGCAAAGUCACCAGCGUGCCGGGCAAGGGCGCGGAGCCGGGCGCCGCCGCCGCCAAGGGCGGCAAGUCCAGCACGCUGUCGCGGCGGGAGGAGCUCCUGAAGCAGCUCAAGGCCGUGGAGGACGCCAUCGCCCGCAAACGCGCCAAGAUCCCGGGAAAAGUAUAGUGGGGCCGCGGCCCGCAGUGACUGCCGGUGUUUUUAUCGCAAAGAGCCGCGCUUGCGGCCGCUUUGGGGUUUUGCAGUUCCUCCUCUUCGUUUUGGCCGCGGUUCUUUUUAACAAAAAAACAAAAAAAAAACCACAAACCUACCCAUCCACACACACACACACA